AUGUCGUCACCACCACCACCCUCUAACCCUCUCAAACGACCAUCCCUCUCCUCCUCCGUCUCACAACCGCUCGGCAAAAAGCCGCGCAUGCACCCAUUGCGUCAGACCUCCUUCCCUGCACACAUUGAUGCCGGCGAGCGCAGUUUCGGAGCAACAAGUGAUACCGGAAGCGUGACAGGGAGCUUCACAGGGAGUCUCGGCGGAGCCAGCGCGGAUGGAGUCUUUUCUGGUGCAGCAAAGGGCAAGAAGCGAGGGAGGAAGAGCAAAGCCGAGAAAGAGCGUGAACGGGAGCGCGAAGAUGCCCUCAGCGCUAGAGCAGGCGAUUCCACGCGAUUUGGGUCGGUUGAUAACGAGGGCUCGGUUCGAGGUGGUCCUUCUGGCGGUGGUGGAGGCGGUGGUGGGGCAGAUGAUGGUGAUGAUGAUGAGGACGACGACGAGGGCGAGCUCCUUGGGCGGGAAGAGGGUACUACAGAUACGGAGGCUGAGAAGAAGAAUCUUGCGAUUUUGGUUGAUGCUUUCAAUCCUAUGCAGUCAGAGAGAUACGACCUCUUCAAGCGAGCGAAGCUGCGCAAAGAAACACUCCGCCGUAUCGUCAACCAUGCCCUAUCACAAUCCGUCCCCGCCAGUGUUGUCACCACAGUCAACGGUUUCACGAAGGUCUUCGCUGGUGAAAUGAUCGAAAUGGCACGAACAGUCCAAGCCCAAUGGGCCGAUGCACACGAUCUAGCCGCACGCGACGCAUUCGAGGCCGAAGAAGCCGCUGCCGAAGCAGCGGCACAGGCCAGAGCUUUAGGUCUACACGGAAACUCGAAACCCUCAACACCAACGCCUGGGGGAACUCCUCUCCCCGGCUCUGGCAGUGGAGUCAAGAAAGAGCCGCAUGACUCUGACCGUACGCCUGCAUCCUCUAUUCCUCCUUACUCAUCCCAUCCCGGUACUCCUCUCCGUCCUAAGCGUGAAUUCCGUCCCCCUCCAAACCCACACCGAGGUCAGCUUCUACCUUCACAUCUGCGCGAGGCUGUACGGCGCGUGAAGCGUGAUGGCGAGGGUGGUGGUGUCGGAUACUCGGGAUUGAGUAUGGAGAAUCUGGGAGUCCGAGGUGCAUUCACGUGGAACUCUGGAAGUGGGGGUGGAAGACGGCUGUUUCGAUAA